CCCCUCGACUUCCGGUUCCACUUUGACUGCCUCCGGAAGUCGGAGGAGCGGCUCUUCCCGCCCCGCUCGGCUCGGUGGUGACGCGGUGAGUCACUGAGCGGAGAGUCCGGCCGCCCUUCGCUGGGAGCUGGCGCGCGAAAUCUGUUCAGAGGUUAUGGAUGACAAGCCCAGUCCUGGAGCUGUAAGUGAGAGUUCAGAACAUCUCUUCUCCUUUGGAGUUAUAGCAGAUAUUCAAUAUGCUAACUUAGAAGAUGGCUAUAAUUACCAAGGAACCAGAAGAAGAUACUACAGACACAGUCUUCUUCACUUGCAGGGUGCUAUUGAACACUGGAAUAGAGAAAGCAGUCCACCCUGUUGUGUCCUUCAGCUUGGAGAUAUCAUUGAUGGCUACAAUGCGCAGUAUAAAGCAUCAGAAAAGUCACUAGAACUCGUUAUGAACGUGUUCAAAAGGCUUAAAGUCCCAGUUCAUCACACGUGGGGAAAUCAUGAAUUCUAUAACUUCAGCAGAGACUAUUUAACAAACUCUAAACUGAACACAAAGUUUCUAGAAGACCAGAUUGAACACCAUCCGGAAACUGUGCCUACGGGGAGUUUUUACGCUUACCAUUUUGUUCCAUUCCCUAAAUUCCGGUUCAUUUUACUCGAUUCUUAUGACUUGAGUGUCUUGGGCGUGGACCAGUCCUCUCCAAAAUACCAGCAGUGUCUGAAGAUGCUGAAGGAGCACAAUCCAAAUAUGGAAUUGAAUAGUCCUCAAGGACUUUCUGAGCCUCAGUUUGUCCAGUUUAAUGGAGGAUUCAGCCAAGAACAACUGAACUGGUUGAAUGAAGUCCUUACAUUCUCUGACACAAACCAAGAAAAGGUGGUGAUCGUGAGCCAUCUUCCCAUUUACCCAGAGGCCUCUGACUCUGUGUGCCUGGCCUGGAAUUACAGAGACGCCCUCGCAGUCAUUUGGUCUCAUGAGUGUGUGGUGUGUUUCUUCGCCGGUCACACCCACGAUGGUGGCUACUCUGAGGAUCCUUUUGGUGUGCACCACAUCAACGUGGAAGGAGUCAUUGAAACAGCUCCGGACAGCCAGGCUUUUGGCACGAUUUAUGUCUAUCCCGACAAAAUGAUGUUGAAAGGGAGCGGCCGAGUUACAGACAGAAUUAUGAAUUACAGGAAGGAAAAACCUUUUCCACUUUUGGUCUGAUUUAUUUUAUCCAUAUUGAAAGAGGAGACUUAGCUUCAUGUUUGCGCUCCGUUACCCCACCCCUAACUCCUCUGUCUCAUUGUUUAGUAUUCUGUUGGUGUAACAGAAUGUAUUUAUGGCUUCAGUGUGUUUUGCUCAUAAGACAUUCUGAAGUCAUUUUGGAAUGUAUAUCCAGUGCUAAAAAUUGGAAAGAAAUGAAUCAAAGUGCCAUGAAUGAACCAGGGAGGAGACCGGGCAGGGUGGGGGUGGGGUAUAGUCCUCAAAACAGACUUUAUUUUAGCCUUACCUGAGACUUUUAAAAAAUUUUUUACGAGGAGAAUAUGCUCAUUUACUAGCUAUGUAACUUAAAAUUCAUAAUAAAAAAGCAGCUCAGGUAAAGCUUUUCCUUUUAACCAUCCUGUGCAAAUGAGCUUUGGACAUUUUUUUGCUCAGAAUAGCCAUCAUAUUAUAUUUUUAUAAGCUUGUGUUCCUAUUUUGUAGACCAAAACUGUCAUGUUACUCCACAGGUGAAUGAAUGAAUGGUGCUCCCAUUCCCAUAAGUGAUGUGUGCCUCUCGUGUGAGACUAUAAGAAGAGCCUUCAGAGAAGUUAUGUGGCCAUUGCAGCUGUGUGCCUGUUUCUGGGGUCUGUUUGGGCCACCAGCUAGAGCUGCCUGAGGAUAGACAGCAGCUAAAUGAAUUCACCCUUAACUCCCUUCGUAGAUAAAUGGGACGUGUUCAAUUCAGUUGUCAUGCUAAGGCUUAUUUGCAGAAACACUAUAUGGCAAAUGGGGACUGUUUGGGGUGUAGAGAAGGUUUGAUUAAGGGCUUAAAAACAGUAAGGGAUCGACCAAUGCUGAUCAACGUGAGCGUGCCUGCCCCACCCCUUACCUAGGCAGUGCAGGUCUAUUUGUUAUCUAUGGCUGUGGUGACAAAUUACCACAAACUUGGUGGUUUAAGUAACAUAUUUGCUCUCUUAACAGUUCUGGAGUCAAAAGUCAGAAGUUAUUUUCACUGGGCUGGGAUCAAGCUGCUGUUAGGGCCAUGCUCCAUUUUGCUAUAUAAGGUAACAUUCCUAGGUCCUGGAGAUUAGGGCCUGGUUAUCUUCGAGGGGCAUUAUCCAGCCUACCUCCGAGGUGACUGAUGUACUCCCUGCAGUAACCAGCUGUAUAAUGGUGAGGAAACAGACCCCUACAUACAAGUGUGUGAAGAAUAUGGAGCAGGAAUUUCAUGUUGCUUGAAGGGAUUAGGGAUGACUUGAAGAAGAAGAAAGGUUUAAAUGGGUGUGGAAGUGCAUUUCAAGUAAACAGAAUAGCAUAAGCAGAGGCAUUGAAGGAUAUGCUGAGUUUAGGAGAUGCAAGUAAUGAUACGACAAUUCACCGAAAGGUGCUGAGUAAUAAAACAGGAAAAGGUUAGGCUAUGGCUGUGUGCAGAAGAGCCUUGAAUGACCAGCCCAGAGUUCAAACUUAUCUUGUCACACAGUGUGAGAACCCCAGAUUCCUGAGCUGGGCCAUAUAUGAUUAGAUUCGUGUUUCAGCCCAGGCAGUAGAUGAUGAGAGGCUGGUGUACAAAAGUCUCAGUGGGAAGAGAGAAGAUUGGGGUGAGAAGACAUGUUUUGAUUGUAGAAAUAUUAAACUUACUAGUAAUGCUUCAAUUGAAAAGUAGAGUUUAAAAGUAAUUUCAGUAAUGCUCUUUUCUAAAGGCAGUACUCUACCAAAAGUUAGUUCCUUAUAUAUACUUACGGAGAUUUAAAAGGAGCUAUAAACUCACAUAUUCAGUGUGAUGUGGGAGCUGCAGAUAAAAUGAACGUGUAUCUUGGACAUUUUUUUUUUUCAAAUUGGAACAUUAUUGUCUUUUAAGCACAGAAUCAAGCAUGACUUGGAGGAUGGGUAGGUUCUAUAUAGAAUUUGCAAGUAAGUCCAUUUCCUCAUGUAUGACCUUAAUAAUUAUACAAAAAGGUAUAAAAGCCGUAACUGCUAUACAGACUAAAUGCACAUUGGAACACUGAAAUCCUUAAAGUAAAUUUCACUUUAAUCGCUUUAAUGUCAACUAGAUUUUUUCCCCUUUUACCUUAUCUAAAUCUUGAUCAAGAAUUUCUGACUAUCCAGAGGCCAUUGUGUAAAAUAAAACACAUGUAUACCUCCUUAAACAAACAUUUAUAGAACACUUAAAUUGUAUUUAAGGUUAUAAGAAUAGAGACAAACUACCAGGCUCAUUUUCACUCUCCUGAGUUAUGAUUGGUGCUAAUACUUUUUGAUUGAAAUAUUUCCUACAUCUCAUGAAAUGGUGUCUUGAGUAGCCCAUGUGAAAAAGUUGCCAUAUAAACAGCAUUGACCAGCAGAAAUAUAAUGCGAGCCUCAUGAAUAAAGUAUUUUAGCAGUCACAUUUAAAACAGUAAAUAGAGGCUGGGGGAAGGUCAAGGGGAAAAAUAAAAAGACAAAUGUACUACUCUUUGUAAUAUUUUAAGCAAUAAAAAGAAGUUAAAACAGUAAAUAGAAACAGAUAAAAUCAACUUCCAAUAUGUUUUAUUUACCCCAAUAUAUCUAAAAUAUUUCAAAAUGUAAUCAAUAUAAAAAUUUUACAUUUAUUAUACUAUGUCUUUAAAAUCUAGUGUAUAUUUUAUAAUUCAACCCAUGCAUUGGACACUGACUUCAUUAGAAAUACUUGAUCUAGUUUUAGAUAUAAAAUUUGCAGUAGGUUCACAUACUUCAAGCAUGCUUAAAACAAGUGUUCCAAACAUUGUAAGCUUUCUAAUAGCUGAAUUGGUAAGUUUUUAAAUUAAAAUGGAAAAGAAAAUGUCCUCCGUCUAGACACAUUUCAAGUGUUCAGUGCACACGUGACUGGUGGCUGCGGUAUUGGAGAGGACAGCUCUAACAUGGUCUCACCCCAGGGUUACUUUUGAAAUUUCAUUUUUUUCAAAUGUGUAUAGACUUCAGUCUUAUUUUUUAUUUACAGUGUAAUUGAUAUUGUUUCCUUUUUGGUUCCAAAUUCCUUGAUCUAAUUUUCCUUUCUUUCCAAGACAUGCUUGCUUAUUUGUUUCAUCCGGGGUCCUCAUUUAGUUCAUGGCACUGUACAGUUAAAUGUAAUGAGAUUAGGUCAGGGAGACAGUCCCCUCUUGAACCUCUAUUUCUGUCAUAUUAACCAAGCCCCGCUUCCCUGUAUUUUAAUCAUGCGUAGUAGCCCUUUGUAAGCAAUUUAUAUUUUCAGAGUGCUCUCAUAAUAUCUAGUUUUAUCCUUCCAACUUUGUAAGUAGAUCUAGUUUUAAUCCUGGUUUAUAGAUAAAGAAAUAACCACCAGGUGUUUUUUUAUAUUUCCCAAGUCACAUAGAUAGUGAGGAAGCUGAGUUAGAAUUCAUAUUAACUUUUUUUCAAUUGCCUUUUGUACUACACUGUGACACAAUAGGAUGUCAGACCCCGUCUCUUACUAGUCCCAUCCAACCCUGAAGUCAGCCUUAAAAAAUUCCUGGGAUUAAAAAAAUAAAAUCCAUGUUUAUAAAAAUUGAGUAUUCUCAUUUUGAGAACAGGAUUCUUCAUUUCAUUUAAAUGACUGUCUUGCAGUGAGUUGGCCAGGAGGAACGCAUCUCCUUGUUAAUAUAUAUGUAGAGCCAUGCAGUAAAUGGGAAAAGAGCAAUUACAGUGGCAACAACCAACUGAAUUCUCCCACCAACUGGAUUCCUAUAAAGACACAAAAAUUAUCAUAAAUAAAAAUCCAACAAAAUUAUAGAUUACAUUGGAAACAAGUAUAAAGAUAGAAUUUGGUAAAACAUUUUUUGUGUGGUCCUUUUUUUAAAAUACUGAACUAUAACUUACUGAUCUUAUGAAUUUAUAUAUUAUUAAUGUAAAUCCUGGUUGUUUACAUGUGUUGCAAAUAGCUUUUCCCACUCAGUGAUGUCUUAGAUAAUUAUUGGAGGAACUGAAGUGAUUGUUAAAAUUUAUCUUUUCUUAAUGAUUUUUGUGUCCUGUUUAAGAAAACUUCCCAGAGGUCUAGAAAAUAUUAAGUUAUCUUUUCUAAGUUUUAUUUUCACAUUAGCUCUAUAAUCCACCUGGAAUUGAUUUUUGUGAAAGUUGUAAGGUGAGGGUUGUUUCACUUUUUUCCCUUAUGCUAUUCAAUUGCUCCAACGCUGUUCAUUGAAGACUGCCUUUCUUUGCUACCCUGCAGCACCACUGUGUCAUAAGUCAAGGGUCUGUGUAUGGAUGGAUCUCUUUGUAGAUUCUAUUUUGUUUCAUUAAUUUAUCCUUUUGCCAGUAAUAGAUUUUAGCCUAUACUGCCACUGGAUAAUUAUUUAGGUCUUCCUUAUUUUAAUAUUUAGGUCUUUAAUUUCUCCUAUAAUAUUUUAUAGUUUUGUGUAGAGAUAUUUUGCAUCUCUAUUAGAUUUAGUUCUAGGAAGUUAAUUUUUUAUGUUAUUAUAAAUGUUAACUUUGUGUUGCUAUUUUGUUACUUGCUGACAAAAGUACAGUUGAUUUUAGUAUAUUGACCUAGUAUCAAGCAAUCAUGUUAAGGUCACUUAUACAAAUAACUUUUAGAUUCUCUUUUAUUUUCUAUGUAUGCAAUCAUGUAACCAUAAAUAAUGAGCAUUUAAUUUUUCCUUCUCAAUCUUUGAGCCUCCUUCUUCUUGCCUUAUUAUACUGGUUAGGACAACAGCUAGAACAGUGCUCAGUAGAAGCAUCAAUAGUGACUAACCUCAGCUCAUUCCUGAUCUCAGAGGGAAAGUUUCACCUGCUCACUGUUAUGUAUCGUGCUUUGGCACAGAUACCCUUUAUCAUGUUACUUCCCUUGGAUGCCUAUUUCCCAAGAGCCCUUACUAUGAUUGGGUAUUAAAUUUUAUCAAAUGCUCUGUUUGUAUAGAUUGAGAAGGUUGUUUUCUUUUAUUCUGUGAAUGCAGAAAGCAUUUGUAGCUUUUUAAAUAUUAAAACCAUCUGUAUUCCUAGAAUAAACACAAUUUGGUGGUUGAGUUAUAUAUUGCAAGAUUUAAUUUGUUAAUGUUUUGUUUAACAUUUUACCAUCUGUGGUCGUGAGAUUGCCAUGUAACUUCCUUUUGUUUUUGUAUUAUCAAUUUCAGUAUCAUGAAUAUUCUACCCUAAUAAAACAAAUUGAAAAGUG